ACGUCAUCAAAACAAGACAGAGUAGGAAGGCAUAGGGACAUUUCGAAUCGCAUUGAUGCAUUUCUGACCUCCAUUUGGGUUAACUUCAUUUGAGUUACUUAAUAACGUAGGAUCCUGUAAGCCUUAUUUAAAGGAUGUCUGUGAAGCAGGCAUCGGUUCAUGCCAAAUGGGUCAUAGGCAAAGUGAUCGGGACCAAGAUGCAGAAGACAGCCAAAGUUAGAGUCACCAGGCUGGUUCUGGACCCCUACUUGCUCAAGUACUACAACAAGAGGAAGACCUACUUCGCCCAUGAUGCUUUGCAGCAGUGCACUGUGGGAGAUAUUGUCCUUCUGAAGGCCCUGCCAGAGCGCAGGACAAGGCAUGUAAAACAUGAACUGGCAGAAAUAGUCUACAAAGUGGGCAACGUGGUGGACCCACUGACUGGGAAGAGGGUGGCAGGAAACGAGUUUCUAGAGCCCCUAACCGAGUCUACAGACAGUCUGGAACAACAAGAGGGGAUGACACUAACAGAGAAACUACAGAAACUCAACAUUUCAACUGCUACCCUUUCUAGUGAAACCUCUGCCUUACCAACAACAGCAGGAGUGCCAUAGUUUUCUCAUGCUAAAUUGUACAUGGAGAUUUCAUUGCCUUUUUGGCAAUGAUAAUUAAAGGGGUGGAAUGUUAGCUAAACAGGCUGGUACCCGAGCUAUGGGUGUCAGCACCUUGACUUCCCUUUGUUAUUUAAUUGGGAUUAUUUCCCCUUUUCUAUGUCUAACAUUUUUAGUGCUUGGUGGAGAGGACUAUCCCUUACUGUACAUGCACCAAUUCUAACUGAUUAUUUGAUCAUCUUUUGUCAUUGAUUAAAUGUAAAAUUGUAAAAUGUAUUCAGAUGUGUUAAUACAUGUUGCAAUGUAAUAAUCACAUCUAAUGCCAUAUAGCUUAAUUGCAUCAUCCAACUGAAAUAGAAAAACAUUUUUGCUUUGCAAUUGUUCCCCCACAGAUUGUUUCAUUACUUGUACUCACCUCAUCCUGUAGGUUUUACAUACAUUGAUGCCACAAAACAUCCUGUCAUGUGCAAACAGGUUGAAUAAAUAACAAAUACCAAAGAA